UCUUGCACAGGUGUAUCAGCUCCUCCCCUUCAGUCUCGCACAGGUGUACUGGCUCCUCCCCUUCAGUCUAGCACAGGUGUGUCAGCUCCUCCCCUUCAGUCUAGCACAGGUGUAUUGGCUCCUCCCCUUCAGUCUUGCACAGGUGUACCAUUUCCUCCCCUUCAGUCUCGCACAGGUGUACCGGCUCCUCCCCUUCAGUCUUGCACAGGCGUACCGGCUCCUCCCCUUCAGUCUUGCACAGGUGUACCAUUUCCUCCCCUUCAGUCUUGCACAGGUGUACCAGCUCCUCCCCUUCAGUCUUGCACAGGUGUACUGGCUCCUCUCCUUCAGUUUUGCACAGGUGUACUGGCUCCUCCCCUUCAGUGUUGCACAGGUGUACCGGCUCCUCCCCUUCAGUGUUGCACAGGUGUACCGGCUCCUCCCCUUCAGUGUUGCACAGGUGUACCGGCUCCUCCCCUUCAGUCUUGCACAGGUGUACUGGCUCCUCCCCUUCAGUCUUGCACAGGUGUACCGGCUCCUCCCCUUCAGUCUUGCACAGGUGUACCGGCUCCUCCCCUUCAGUCUUGCACAGGUGUACCGGCUCCUCCCCUUCAGUCUUGCACAGGUGUACUAGCUCCUCCCCUUCAGUCUUGCACAGGUGUACCGGCUCCUCCCCUUCAGUCUUGCACAGGUGUACCGGCUCCUCCCCUUCAGUCUCGCACAGGUGUACUGGAUCCUCCCCUUCAGUCU